CGAUCUUCCGUUCCUUGAUCGUGUUUCAGAGGGACGGAGAGAGACGGCGCUCUCUGCAUCAACACCGUCGCCGAUAUAGAGGGCGAGAAGGCAAGGGGACAGAGGGCGGGUGGUGCAGAUGGGGGGAGAAGUCAAAUUCCAGCUAGGCCAGAACCCUUACAUCAAGCUGGUGCUGCACGCCCUUAAGCACAGGGUCUCCUCCGUCAACGGCAUCCUUAUCGGCCGCCUCGACGACGCCUCCUCCACCGUCGACAUCGUCGAUGCUGUUCCUCUCUCCCACUCUCAGAUCGGUCUCCUCCCCACUCUCGAGAUCGCCUUAAUUCAGGUUGAGGAGCUUUUUUCUGCUGAUGGGUUGAGUGUAGUGGGUUAUUUUCAUGCCAACGAGAGAUACGACGACUCGGAACUUGGGAAGAUCGCCAAGAAGAUAGGGGAUCAUAUCUCACGUUAUUUCCCACAGCCGGCUGUACUGUUGCUGGAUAACAAAAAAUUAGAGGCAUUGUGCAAAAGCAUUCACCGUGAACCAGUAGUGCAGCUUUAUACUAAAGAUGCAUCAAAAGGUUGGCGACAGGCCGGAAUAGAUGCUAGUGUGCAACUGACUCUCAAAGAACCUUCAGCAAAUACGGUAUUGUCUGAUUUUAUUGCAACUGAAAAGUAUGAAGAGAUCGUAGAUUUUGAUGACUAUCUUGAUGAUAUCAGCAAGGACUGGUUGAACCCGAGACUGUUCAAGUAGAAACGUGGCAUCCCCAAUUAACGUUCUGCAGGUCCCAUUGUGAUGGCUGUUCUUUUUGCUGUGGUCGAGCGAAUUGAUGUUAAUGAUGUAGUGGAAUUGAAUUUUGAAUAUUGAUUUUAAUUAUACAGGAGAAUUGAAAUUUUAAUAUACUUUCCUAGAAUUGUAA